AUGUCACAACCUUUGAAGGAAUCACCACAAACGAAUUUCGCGCAAUCGCAGACCACGACACCCAGCAAACUGUAUACUAUUUUGAAGGAAGAUAAUGCCACGCCGUCGUCGGUAACAAACUCAUCAACUCCUCUAGAUACCGAGAACACGUUGCCUCCGAGUGUUUCGAGGAGCCGAUGCCGUCAUCCAACUCCAAGGUUUCCUCACGAAUGGCAGUGUUGGCAGUGUCAACGGGUUUGCGAGAGUGAAGAAAAUUUGGCCACCCAUUUAUUAAGCUGCAAACGUGGUGAUCCAGGUGAUACGACAUUGCCAGGCUGUCCGUUUUGUCCGAGAGAUGUGCAUCAUACUAGCAUCCAACCAUUUACCAUUCGUGCUUUCAAUACCCAUGUCGCAUUGUGCCACAGCGAUAUCGCCCAGCUGGCCUGUGCUUACUGUUUGGAAUUCAUGUCCUCAUCUCGCCUAGAAGAGCUGGCGUGUCACGUUCUUCGCGAACACCACAUCCCUUGGAGGCCCUCUCCAGAUUUAAUUCUUGAAACAGCCCUAUCUUCAUGCGAGGACAGUGGUAUUGAGUUAAUUCCUGGUGGCAAACUGUCUGAUCUAGAGUAUGCAGAUGAUAUUAUGCUACUAAGUGAAGAUCCAGUUCUACCCCCAGUCUCACUUGGCGCUCACAUGGAUCGAUGUACAUUCAACGGUGGUCGCGUGUACUUGACUCCUCUCACUCCGGAAAUGUACGCCACCGCAGCCGCACGGAAGCGCACGUUAGUCGAAGCUGAGAAGGCCAGCCGUGAAUUUUCCCAGUCCUUUCCCUUGGUUCGAGGUCAUCCUUCUCCUGUGAAGUCGAUUUCAAACCAGUCUCUGACCAAGGUCACCCCAGCUCCAGCAUCGAAAAAACGCAAAGUUGGUCAAUUACCAACAAACUCUGCGACACCGACAGCAAAAAAGACCACCAAACCUCGUCCACCGCCGAAGCCGAAAUCGAAAGUUCAGGUCCCUAAACCGGUUUCCGCCCCCACGGAUGAGGGUACAGGUCAAUUCGACGUCCCCUUGUCUCUUCCACCACCCCCGAAAACCGACUCAGAACAUCUGCGGAAAUCCACUACUCCAGCUCGAUUGUACGUUUGUCCUUUGUGUGGUGACAACGCACUGGCUAGUCUUCGUGAACGAGAUGAACAUUUACAAGCAUCCCAUAAUGGCGAGCUUGUGUUCCCCUGUCAGAUAUGCGGUUUGGCUUACCCGUUGUAUAUUGCGUUGCGAAGGCAUGCCGCACUCAAACACGAGUCCGACUUUGACACUGUUCGAUACGGUAAACCGGAACUGUUAGAAACGGACUCGGUUGAAUGCCCCCUGUGCAAACUAGUCGCAUUCACGGAUCGCGCCGUGCUUAAGCUGCACGUUGCGGAGGUACACAAAAAGAAUCCGGAAGAGAUUAAAUUGCCGAGCAAGCACGGAGCUCGUGGUGGAAGCAGGAAAGGAAGUCGGCGAAAGAGCAAGUAUGGGGAUCAUAACGACGGUGCGGCGUACGCAGUCAGCAAGAACCCCCAACCAGUUGUACUCAGUCGCUUGGAGCAAUUAUUAGCCGGUGUUCCCGGCGACCCAGCUCCUGUCAGUUGCCGCAUAUGUCACACCCAGAUGGAUAACGCCAAGGAAUUCCUGUUACAUCUGGAAUUGGAUCACGUGGAAACUGAGGAAGAAUGUGAACAGCUUGGAUGUCAGGCAUGUGGUCGUAUUUUCUUCGGUCCAGGUGGGCGCAUUGACUUGAUCGGACAUUUGCGUGUGUGUCACCAGGACACGGAUCAGCCAGACGCGCUUCCAUGCUUGCAGGCUGAGAAGAUACUGGAACAAGAGGAUGAAACUCCGACUAAUAGCCCCAAAAACAAGAAGACCGAUGAAUCUACCAAAACCGAGCCAGUUGGGCCCACCCGACCAUGCGAUGCAACUUUUUCGUCGCCGCGGUUGCGUCAGUUGCACUGCUCCACUUCAUCGGAAAAGCAUCCGGGGUUCGCCUGUCCGUUAACUGUGGAAUUAUCUGAAGAUCAGGAAUUAACCAGCUUAACGGACCAGAUUCGGGCGGCGAUCAUGGAGACGGAGGUUGCUGCUGACCGCGAAGGUCUAAUGAUUCUGGCUUACUGUUGUCCCAACUGUUCACGCCUGUUCGCCGGAAGUCAGGCUCCAUCAAGAUUCACACUCCAUCGACGAAUGUGUAUGUUAGAACAGGUACAGCCAAACGGUGUCACUGUUCCAGCCUCAACUUUGCAGUCGGUCACUCGAAUCGAGAUUCAACCAACUACAGGACCCGCUCCCAAACUAACCGCGACCGCUUUAAUCAAAGAUGCCACCCCAGUUCCAGUGCCGGCCUCCGGGGCCUCAGCAGUAGUAACACCUAGUUCCACGGAACGUAUUAUUGUAGGGGCGAUUUGA